AUGGCGCCCCGGGAGUCAUCACACGAGCCCACGAGCACCCCGGACCCGGUCGAGAAAGGCUUUGCGACUUUGGCCACCUUAAGGAUCGGGGUGAAGGCGUUUGUUGAGAAGGAUGGCGAGAAACGCAAGGCAGAAAUCCUAUUGCUACGAACCCGACGUGGCAAACCAACCUUCUACGUCCACUAUGAAGAAUUCAACAAGCGUCUCGACGAAUGGGUUCCCGCCGAGCGCAUAGAUCUCACGCGGGAGGUCGAGUGGCCUGCCCCAGAGAAGCCCGACAAGAAGAAGGCCAACAGCGCCGCCCCCAAGACCCAACCUCCCAAGGCAGACAACUCCAAAGCUCCCAAGAACCUCAAGCGUGCGCGCUCAAAGCUAGACCGCGAAGUCUCCUCAACCCCUGAAGCCACCUCUGUCAACCUACCCGGCAAAGCGCAUCGGCCCACUAAAGCCAGCGGCAAAGAGAACAGGGACCACAUUGCCAUCAUCUCAACCGAAGUUGCAGAUGGCAGCACGCCUAAGCCAGAGGACGAGGAAAUGGACCUCGUCGACGUGGCCGACGCCGCCGCAGCCGCCAAAGCCGUCCCCUCCGAGAUCUACUCGCGCGAGGACGAAAUCGAGAAACUGCGUACCGGCGGCUCCAUGACGCAGAACCAGACAGAAAUAUCUCGUGUACGUAAUCUCGACAAGAUCCAGAUGGGCAAAUUCGAGGUCGAGCCGUGGUACUUCUCGCCCUAUCCCGUCGACUUCACGGAUGCCGACAUGGUCUACAUCUGCGAGUUCUGCCUGUGCUACUUCGGCGACGAGGUACAGUUCGUACGGCACAGGUCGAAGUGCACGCUACUGCAUCCACCGGGUAACGAGAUCUACCGCGACGACUAUGUCUCGUGUUUUGAGAUUGAUGGCCGCCGCCAGCGAACCUGGUGCCGUAAUCUCUGCCUCCUUUCUAAGCUCUUCCUAGACCACAAGACGCUGUACUACGACGUCGACCCUUUUCUCUUCUAUUGCAUGUGCACGCGCGACGAGCAUGGCUGUCACCUGGUCGGCUAUUUCUCGAAGGAAAAGGAGAGUGCUGAGGGCUACAACGUCGCUUGUAUCCUGACGCUACCCCAAUAUCAGCGCAAAGGCUUCGGCAAGCUCCUUAUUGCCUUCUCAUACGAGCUAUCGAAGCGCGAGGGCAAGCUAGGCAGCCCAGAGAAGCCGCUUUCCGAUCUCGGGUUGCUGGGCUAUCGAGCGUACUGGCAGGAGACGAUAGUAGAUCUGCUGAUUGAUGGAAGGGCGGAGGCGAAUGUAGAGGAUUUGGGGGCAACCGCGGCGAUGACGACGAAUGAUGUGUUGCACACGUUGCAGAAUUUGAAUAUGUUGCGGUAUCAUAAAAACCAGCACGUAAUCGUCCUCACCGAUGCAGUCAUCGAGCAGCGCGAUCGGCAGAAGGCAAAGGAGAAGCUGAAGGGCAAGCGCAGUAUUGACCCUGAGAAGUUGCAGUGGAAACCGCCCGUCUUUUCAGCGGCGUCGAGGACGUGGAAUUGGUAA